AUGGAUGUGGUCUCUACGAGUGCCAUGUUCUCACAGGUGGUCUUUCUUCUGCACUUUGUGACUUUGACACUUGGCCAGUAUGACAUAUGCAAGAGUUUGGUUAGUAUGGAUAAUGGACAAACAUGGGAGUUUUACGCAUGCCAGCCCAAACCCACGGCUAUGAAAGAGUUCAUGCAAAUUACGGUGGAUCCCCCCGGCAUCACUUGCGGCAAUCCCCCGGAGAGGUUCUGUACUCUGGAGAACCCGUACCUGUGUAGUGACGAAUGUGACGCCUCCAACCCGGACCUGGCUCACCCUCCCCAGCUGAUGCAGGACCGUGAGAGCAGCGGCCUCAUCACCUACUGGCAGACGGUGACGUGGAGCCGCUACCCGGAGCCCCUGCUGGCCAACAUCUCCCUGGCCUGGAACAAGAGCUUGGAGCUGACCGAUGACAUCCAGGUCACUUUCGAGUAUGGCCGCCCCACCGUCAUGGUGCUGGACAAGUCCCUGGACAAAGGGCGCACCUGGCAGCCCUACCAGUUUUACGCCGACGACUGCAUGGACGCCUUCGACAUGCCCGCCAAGCAGGUGCAGGACCUGUCGGCGACAAACGUGACUCGGGUCAUCUGUACCGAGCAGUACUCUCGCUGGGUGGGCUCCAAGAACGAGAAGGUGCUGCGCUUCGAGGUGAUGGCGCGCUUUGCUAUCUUCGCAGGGCCCAAGCUGCUCAAUAUGGACAGUCUGUACACACGCAUGGAGAGUAUGAAGGGCCUGAGGGACUUCUUCACCUUCACCAACCUGAGACUGAGGCUGCUGAAGCCGGCCUUGGGGGGAACCUACGUCCAGAGAGACAACCUUCUCAAAUACUUCUACGCCAUAUCCAACAUAGAUGUACCAGCCAGGUGUAAGUGUAACCUCCAUGCUGGCCAGUGCACCUUUCGGGAGGGCAGCCUGCAGUGUGACUGUGAGCACAAUACGACAGGCCAGGACUGCACUCGCUGUGAGAGGGGCUUCAAAGCCAAGUCAUGGAAACCUGGAUCCUACCUACCCACCCCCAACGGAUCCCCCAAUACCUGUGAGGCUGCUGGGACUCUUGGCAACUGUGAGUGCUAUGGCCACUCGAACCGCUGCAGUUAUAUUGACUUUAUCAACAUCGUGACUUGUGUCAGCUGCAAACACAACACUAGGGGGCAGAACUGUCAGCACUGUCGACUGGGAUACUUCCGGAAUAUCUCUGCCGAGCUGGACGAUGACAACGUUUGUAUAGAGUGUAACUGUAACCAGCUGGGGUCCUUCCACGCCCGCUGCAACGAGACGGGGUACUGCCAGUGUAGGGAUGGCUCCACUGGGCCAAAGUGCGAGGACUGCCUGCCUGGAUACAGCUGGAGACAAGGCUGCUCCCCCAACGUCUGCGACGACGACAUGCUGCUGUGCCAGAAUGGAGGCACCUGCUUCCAGAACCAGAAGUGUCUGUGUCUGCCAGAGUACAAGGGCCUGCUGUGUGAGCAGCUGCUCUGUGAGGGAGAGAGGGGCUGCAGCGGUGCCUCUGCCUCCUACCUCAGCCUGGUUGCCAUGCUGAGUUGCCUUCUAGCCAACACCCUGCUUAGACUAGUCACUGCUUGCUGA